AUGUCGUACAUCAGUGGUGAAGAAAACGGCAUUCUAUGUCAAAAAGACACUCGCGCAGACAAUUUGCAUAAAAGGAGGGAACAAAGAAACGUGGAAAAAGAAAAUUUCUUCGUGACCAAGACGCUGUACGACCCUGAGAACAUGCUAAGCAAGCGAUGCAAAAAGAAACUGCUCUCCGAAAUUCUCAGCAGUUUUUCCCCGAAUGUUCCGUACUCAGUGAAUAAAAGCAAGAGGUGGCAAAAGUUCACUACUAAGUCAAUAUUGAAUGAUGCACAAGAAUACUUACAGCGAAUUGAAGCUGUGGUAGUGCAUAGGACAGAGGUUCCUUUAAAAGGUGUCAACGAAUGUAGCAAUAUUCGAAAUUUUGAGAUCAUCGAAGACGGAAAGAUAGGAAAACUUUCCUCCACUGAAAGAAGUAAACACCUUAAAUAUUUCAAUAACCGAAUGCGAGCAUUGCGGCAUCUAGACAAGGAAACCAUUGAGCCGCCGAGGAUUCACAUAAAUUUUAGCAAGGAUUACCCCGCGAAACCUCGCAAGAAGAAAUCAAAACGAGCUAAUAGACGAAGAGUUGUGCUUGAAAAAUAUGUUUCUGACUGUGCUGGAGAUGCGAUAGAGACUGGCAAAUUGGAGAAAAACGGGAAAUCACAAAGUCCUCUUCACCUUGCAUGGAAAGAGCGGAAGUCCGAACCUGAGCAUCGUCUCAGCCAGCAAUGUCCUGACCUACCGUUAACUUCACAAGUACUUAAGAAAAGCUUCGAUACUGAGGAUUUCUUCAAAAGGCCAAGUCUGCUGGAUGUUACUGCUGCUAUCGAAGCUCCUCAUAUCCUUGAAGUGAUUGAAAUCAAAAUCAAGAAAUUGGACAUUAUUGACCUAAGAAAACAAUUUUUACCUUCGGUACCGCCUGCAUUCGUUGUGCGAUGGUUCGGUUCGAAUCGAGUGUCUAUCAGUAGUCCAUCUUAUGCGAAGCCAUCUUUCGUCAUUUUUUUCGAACACGAAGAAAACGAUACAACCUUCAGGGUCCGAAUCAACACCAAUUCGCAGUACUGUGAGGAAGCGAAUAAAGAAAAUCUUUUGACUAUUGUUCAAGAUAGGAUCUACAGAGAUCAUGAGACGCUAUUUGAUGACUUAUACAAAUUCAUCUUGCGCACAAAAAAGAUGGACUAUGAGGUUAAUGAUGAUGGCCGUCGAUUUGCUAUAUGUCCCGAAUCUUUCGAUUACAAUGUUAAUAGUACAGUGAUAGCUCCCAAUGCUACCUUAUUUAUGGAACAAGAGCAGUUGGAUCAUCUUAGCCAGUUAUACACUCAACAAAACCCUGAAAUCUCGUCAUUCGAGUUUAUACACCAGGCUGGAGACCCGAAAGUUUGCUGCAUCUGCCGAGUUGUAAAUGACGAUUUGUUCUCUUCUAUAGACGGCUUGAUAUGCCGUGAUUGCACAAUUUCCUCCAUAACUCGACAACUAUACACGAAUCAGCCUCACAUACAAAUUCCUAUUGUUGCUCCUCCAAAUAGUUCUCCAAUCGCGCUUCUCGCCGCUGUCGUUCCUUUACCUUUGCUGGCUGUUUUAGUCAGAAAGCUGUACGCUCAAUUCCAAGGACCGAAUAAUCCCAAACUGCAGUUUUCGAACUGUCCCCGUUGCUCAGCAGUACUUGUUCCCGCACCUAAUUCUGAAUUUGGCUGUUGCUCAUGUACGAAUCCGGGUUGUGGUUGUGCGUUUUGCUACUUUUGUGAAUCUGAGCCUCACUGGCCAAUGAGUUGCGAACAGUACAAACGCUGGACUGCUAAAUGGGACACUCAAUAUCUGCUUGAGCAAAAAUUCGUAGAUGGGGCAGGCCAUGUGCGGCUGUGCGUUCAGUGUGGAGAAGCAUUCCAGGUCUAUCCAAACUCUGCACAUGCUCGAUGUCCUCGUGAGAUAUGCAGAUCGGGUUACUGGUCUAAUUGGGAAUUCCACCACUGGCACGAUUACACUAGACCUUACUCAGAGAAAAUUUUGAAUUGCAUGGCGUCGAUAGGAUACACCAUGAAAAACUGUGGAGAAUGUGGAUAUCCUAUCGAGCAGGACACCAUAGAAUUGCAUCCUCUUUUGAACAAGAAUGUAUCCGAACUGUGCGGUCAUGCGCGAAGGCAAAGAUUCGAGAAACAAGAUAGGAAGGAGUUUGAGAACUAUGUAGCGGAUGUCUUCCCGAUGAGGAAAGUACAAAGAAAACUUAGAAAUACCAGAAACUUGGUUCUAUUCUUGGUUGAAAACUGUACUGCCUGGCUCUACCUUACCAAACCUAUUGGUAACAGCUUGAAAGUCGCUAUCUCGGACCUCUUCUUUCUGCUGCUCGACAUUCAGCGACGCAUUCCAGAAGACAGCAACGAUUUUCUUGAACGAAUGCAUCACAUGGAGGUGAAAGCAAGAGAUCUCAUUGCAUUGAUACAGCGAUAUAAGCUCAAUUGGCGUAACUUUUGA